GCGAUCACAUGCCCUCAUCCCAACCUUAUCCUGCGAUUUGCUUGCAAUGCAGCAAGGCGUGCACGAUGACUAGAUUGCGCUGGUCGUUGAAUCCCUAACCCUGCCCUUUGCAUUCGACUCCAAAAAUCUCGCCAAGGCAUGCUUCAACCGUGGACGCUGCUCACGACUUGCCUACGCCUCCUCUGCCCUUCGUGACACUGACAUCCGCGCGGGAGCAAAAAUGACAUGACCCCGACGCUCUCUCGCGGCGCAUCGCUGGCUUGAAGUUGAGCCCUCGUCCCCAACGAUCAUGCACGACCUCGUCUGGCUCGUGCUCAGCAAUGGCCAGUUCGCGCUUCAGAACGGCGCGAGCUUAUUCGCCUCAGAGAGCACCAUCCGCAACGCCCUCGUUGGAACUUGUGCAGCCAUUGGAGCGCUCCUGUACAACGGCAUCGAACCAGCCGGCGACAACGCUCAGCGUGCACCUACAGAACUCGUCGUCCCUCUCCUUGAGGAGCUGGCAACCGACAUCAACCUCGACGAGGACGCUGGCGAGAGAUCAGACAAGGCGGGGAUUAGGACAAUUGUGUCUAUGCAACCUAUCAACCUCGAUGAAAUGUGCACAGCCAACGCGCAGGACACUCCCCCGCGCACAUUACGCCUGCCUACUUGCGACGCGGCGGGGAACAGCGACUUCAUCCCAGACGUGUCGAUCCUACUCCCCGCUCCUUUCCCUGAUCUCAAGACUCAAUCGUACACUCUACCCACCAACAAAACCGUCCCCGACUUUCACACUUCCGACUAUAUCAAUCCCUUCGUUCUUGCCCUCUUCAUUCUCGGCUUCGUGUUCGUAUGCACUUCAAUCGUCCUCGCACGCAGAAUCCUACACUCCUACUUCCAGCGCAUCGCACAGGCGGUCAUGAAGGAGGCAUCGGAUCCUCCAAUCUCCAGCGCCAGCCCGGACGCUCCUACCUCCGCGGUGUCGCGUUCUCUUAGCACCACCGCUGUUGCCGACAAGGAUUGCAUUGUACCGCUCGCGAACACCCCAGAGGAGCUUAAGGACACGAAAGCGUCUUUCCCACCCACUUACGGCGCAUCACCUCGCCACGAGAAGGUGGCCAUGUUCUCCGCCGUGCCGCCGGACGUGAAGACCCUUCUGGGGAAGAAUGGGAGAGCCGAGCAGCUGGUCUACCAUGACGAGGAGAUUGACCGCUCGGGCGGCGAGGACCUGUCUGUCUCAUCCGCCCCUCCCGCUGGCGCAGUAGAGCUUGCUCAUGUCGCCCCCUCGGAGGACGGUCCGCCUGCGCAUGGGCCCGACGAGCAGCGCGCACUCAAUGACACGGUGCAAUCGGGCAACAAGGUCGACGAGUAUGCACCCGCACAGGAUCAUGUCGCGAUUCCAGACGUGCCGAAGGACGUGGCGCUGCCGGGCCAGGUUGACAUGCGCGUGUCAUCGACUGUAGAUGAUGCGCCCAUGCUUUCGGUUGAAGCUCCUGCGCUCCAGAGGACUUGGGAGGUGACACUCAGCCUCCCCCCUGACGCGUCCGUGUUCGUGCACAACGAAGAACAGCUUGUGGCGCCUACGAUGAUGCAAAUGAUUGCACGCCCACGGCGGCUCGCGACCUUACCGCGCAUCGUCACCUGCGAGAACCUACUAGCGGACGAGGAGAACCUACUAGCGGACGAGGAGAACCUACUAGCGGACGAGGAGAACGUGCCGGCGAACGAGGAGGGUGUUCUGCCUGACGGGCAGGAUGCACUUAACGUCGCGAGGCCUCUCCUGGUCGGUAGUCCGCCUUCGGAGCACAACGACAAACCCGGUAUGGUCUACUUCGAGUACGCGUCCUCGGACGAGAAGGGGAUCGCCCGUCGGUGGCGCGCACUUAUUGGGGCGUGGGAUCACCAGGCGUUCGACCGGCGUCGUUUCCUGUUCGAACUGCUUGUCAUGAUCUGCCGUGUCUUUGUCGCUGCGCAGCGAGGGUCCCGCGAUGUUGCCGUCGUCUUCCGCAUGCUCUUCAUUGAGCUACGCGACUCGCGCCCCGCUCAGUGCUGGCUACUCGUCGACCUCCGCGGACUUCAGUCUGGGCAGCGCGGGCUCUCCAUGCGAGAGCACAGCGUCCCGCUGGCGAUGGACAGACCGCGCCUUGGAGUUCAACCGCUAGUGCGACGUGCGCUCCUGGUCGAAUCUGCGCUACAUGAGCAUGUUGUGCCGUCGCUGAGCUCUGCAUAUAUGUCAGCGUCGGAUGUCUUUGUCUUGUUCGCUUCGCGGAGGCUCGCGCUGGUUAAGCUGCGCGUGAUCUCGUUGGAGGCUGGGCCGGCGGAGGACACCGAUGACGAGGAAGAUGCCUAUGCUGAGGCAGACGCCGAUGACGAGGAAGGCGCCGAAGCCAGAGCAGACACUGAUGACGAGGAAGAUGCGAACGGCGAGGAAGACGCCAACGACAAGGAGAACGUCGGCGACCAGGCAGAGGCUGCGCCGUUGCAGGCGCCGAUAGAGCAUGUGCCUAUGCAGCAGGACGAGGACGCGCCGAUGGGGAACCACACAGGCGGGGAGGGAGCCGGGCUGAUGAGGUGGGCGCCGAGGCCGCUGAGGCUGUUGCAGAGGCAUGCGACUGCCGCGCCAGUAGGCGACCACGCGCAGGGCAAUGACCAUCCAAGGAGACACCCUGCGGAUGAAGUUCCUCGGGCGCAGCACCGUGUAGGUGGACCUCGUCAUCCAGAGGAGCCGGUCAUCACACCUGCCAACUCCGAGGAGGAACUACAGCUUGAGUGUUCGGGGCGAUUGCACGGUUCAGGAGUAGGAAAGGUCGUCAACGCGCUGAACGAGGCCGUGAAGCCGGUGUCGAAGGAGCUGCAGCUCAGGACCCGCAAGUCCACCUCGACGGCGAUCUUGGAGGUGCUGUUGCCGACGAUGCCGGCAAUCCGACUGAUGCUGUUUUCGCAAUGGACGACGCAGCCAGCGCGCAGCCUCAACCUGUCGUACCCGCUGGUGAUGAGGCCGUCGGACCGAUGAAUGGGGACCCUCAGCAGGCAGUCGCAGUUGGCCAGAAUGGCGCUCAGGAGACCACAGCUCCGGUCGAUCAGAUGGCUGCGACGGAAGCGCAGGACGACCUCCAGACUGAGCGCAUCGUGCCCGACAAACUGGAGGUCCCUGAGCCAGUGAUGCACGUUGCUCCUCAGCCAGCUGCAGUUACACCUCUUGGCGUUGGCGC